GUUGUAUGUCUCUGGUCGUACCGGCAAUCUGCACCAUCAAGUCGUGGCGCACGGUAUAACCGGCCACAGCGGUGUAUGGGUAGAGAUGACAGCUACCUUGCAGGGCGUAAGGCUGGUCCCGUUCUCGUAGAAUAUGAAGUGGGGAUCUGCUUUAACUUUAUUUCUACCUUUCUUGUUCUUCUCUCCUGUUCAGUCGAUUUGGCGAUUGAUAUCUUGCUUCGCUGUACUGCUAGUUCGUCGUUCUUCCGCAUCGCCAGCAUCCCGAAGAUUUAUACCCUUUCUUGGGAGCUGAUUCCAAGCUUGCAACCAUGUAUUUGACGUUGAUCAGCAUCGUGAAGAGUAUCUUCUCUUCCAGCCACAGCAAAGGAGUAGUAGCUCCCGCCUCCGAAGAAAACGAAGACCAUGUCUACAUCAAAGGCAACCCCGACGACCGCGGUCCUUGCCCCGGCCUCAACGCCCUCGCAAACCAAGGCUACCUCCCCCGCGACGGCAAAAACCUCACCUUAGCCCAAGUAGAAACCGCCCUCAAGAACGGCCUCCACAUGACCCCCCUUCUCGCCACCUCCCUAACCAACGCCCUCAAACCCCUCCUCCGCAAAGACAAAACCUUCGACCUCGCCGACACGCGCCGCCACAACGUCAUCGAGCACGACAACUCCUUCACGCGGCACGACCUCUGGCAAGGCGACAACUACACCUUCCAGCCCGACAUGCUAGCCGCGAUCCUCGACGACGCGGACGGGGGCCCCAUCACACUCAAGAGCCUCGCCAAGAGUUUCAAGCGGAGGGAUAGAGAGCAGAAGGCGAUUGGGGCGCCGAAGUUGCCGCUGAAGUUGUGGUUUGUGCGGGUGUUGAAUAUUGCGGGGAGUAUUAAUACGGCGGCGUUGCCGAAGGGGAGGGUGCCGAGGGAGGUGUUUGAGCAGCUUUUUGCGGAGGAGAGGUGGGCGGGGGUUAUUUUGGAGAAUCAGAAGACGAGGAGUGUGGCGACGUUGUUGUAUAAUGCGGUGGUGCUGGUGUGGUAUGUUGUUACUGGGCCGUAGGUUGGAGAGUGAGAGAGCUACGGAUUUGCUUAAGGGGUGUGUUGGUUUGGUUGUUCAGCGUGUUUCUUUUGUUUUGCUUGAAAAGAGUUGAAAUUGGUGAUGGAUCUGGUUGGCAUUCAGAAGAAGGAUAUACAGAUACCAAAAAAUGACAACUCUUCAAAUAUAUGUAUUGACC